AUGACCGACAUCCCCAAGGCCCCGGCCGCCUUGACUCCCCAGUUUUGCUUCAACACAGUCGCCCUGCGAGAUUUCCUGCGGAUAUCUCGCGCCGCCGUCGACGACUCCAUCACCCAGAACCUCAAUGCGCUCCUGACGCCGUCGAGGACGGGGUUCGACCCCAGCUCCACGUCGGUCCGGACGCCGCGGUCGCGCAGGGAGCUCGACCCCCAGUCCUGCCAGGCCUUCAAGGAGCAGGCCCUGUUCCCGUCGUGGCAGUCGCGGUCUGACAUCCUGACCUACUGUGCAUAUGUGGCCACGAGCCCGGACCCGGACGACCCCGAGACCGUGCUGCGGGAGGCCGAGUCGCUGAAGGAGCGCGAGCGCAUCGUCAACGAGCGCCUGGACCCCUACUCGGCCCGCUACUACCCCAGAGAGCCCCGGACACAGCAGCUGGCGCAGCUGUUGAGACAGGAGAGGAAUGUCGAGACCAUCGUGCGAUCGCGGACGUGGGGGCUGGUCCGGGAGCGAUGCACCGAGCCGACAGAGGAUGCCGACCAGGCCCUGAACGAAUGGAGGGACAGGCAGGGCGUGCCCAAGCCGAGGCCUUGA